GCGUGGGAAAGACUACUUUGAUCCAGAAAGUCACUCAGGCUCUAAAAUCCUCGGGCAUUCCUAUUGAUGGAUUUUACACAGAGGAAGUUAGAGAAGGUGGCAGGAGAACAGGAUUUGAUGUUGUCACUUUGGCUGGAAACCGAGGACCUUUAUCUAGAGUCAGUUCCAAUUCUUCUACUUCGAGACAUGAAUAUCGGGUUGGGCAGUAUGCUGUAGACCUUGUUUCAUUUGAGCAGUUGGUUCUACCUAUGCUGAGAAAUGUAAACCAUGGCAGUGAGGCGGAGAAAAAGAUCUGCGUGAUAGAUGAGAUUGGUAAAAUGGAACUCUUCAGCCAGGCCUUUAUUCAGGCUGUUCGUCAAACGCUGACUGGCUCAGGGGUCGUGGUGCUUGGAACUAUUCCUGUACCUAAGGGAAAGCCACUGGAUCUUGUUGAAGAAAUAAGAAGUAGGAAAGAUGUUAAAGUGUUCAAUGUUAGUAAGGAAAACAGAAACAGCAUUUUGCAAGACAUCUUGGCAGCUGUGGAAUCCUGCAGAAAAUGA